AUGAGGAAAGACGAGAACGCCCGAAAGAUGUGCUUGCACAUCAGCAGCUCCUACGCAAGCGUUGUUGGGAACGAUGUUACUGGCACCGCUCGUCGCUGGGCCCAGUCUAUCGCCGACACAGUUGGCAUAAGCCAGUACAGAAUCAAGAACCCCGUGAUUGCUCCAGGUACUGUCUUCAACUUCACUGUGACAGUUCCUUUCGAGGAGGAGGAAUGGCCGAUCAGCGCCGAGGAAAUAUCGUUGAUCAUCAAGGAGGAUAUCGAGUACGGCGAGUUGAAUCUUCAGAAUCAGCACGGUGUUUUGUUGCCAGUGCAGCCACUACAGUGGGACGACAUCAUUGAAUUAAUAGCUCUCCCAGAUUCGAAUACGCUGAUGAUUGUAACAGCUGUUAUUGUGAUCACGGUGUUUAUCUCUUCGUCAAUAGCAGUCGCUUUUCUGGUUGUCCUUAAGAUUCGCAACGAUCGUGUGCUCAAUUCACGUGAACGCACAGCGUUCAUUGAUCAUACCAGGUACUUACUCGGCUUGAUGCUCUGUGCACUACGUGUUGCAUUUCUUCUGGCCACUGGUAUAGCCCUUAGCGUUUCAGUUCUGCUCCCUGCGUCUGCAUGA